UGGUGAUUGGCCUGACUCAAGCUGAUUCUUUUCGCGAUGCAGGUUGAAGCAAUACAGCACAACAAAUCUACUCGUACCACCAAGGUAUUGAGCCAUCAUAAUGGGAAAGUUGAAUUAUUCCGCUAGAAAGAUCAGCGGCGUCAAGGCCGGACACGUCGUUUCCAAAGAUCUGAAAAAACGCAUGGCUCCAGGGUCUGGUUCCAAGGCUGCAGCGCGCGAUCCAACUCUCGAAAUCGAUCUCACACGCAAAAAUCUCACCGAUGACGGCUUCGCUGAGUUUAUCGACGACCUGAUCAACUGUAUUAACUGCCGCGAUGAGGAACACCCAUUCGGUCUUGCAAAGGCCACUGAGCUCCAUCUGCAGGGAAAUAAGCUCACUGUGCAAUCCCUCCCCAAGCUAGGAGACGUCAUUGCUAGCAGCGCUGGUGACCUUCGCGAGCUUGAUAUUUCACGUAAUGACAUCCAUAUUGCCACCGAAGAGGAAAAGGCCAUUUGGAAGUCGUUCUUGUCUUCUUUUAAGAACUGCUAUAUGCUCAAGAAACUUGAUUUGGCUGGAAACCCGAUUGGAACUCUUGGCUUGGAAAUACUUGCUCGCAGUUACAUCAAAAGUGACCUUGAUUUCCUUGAGGCCGAUGCAGAGGCGAUUGUCCGCCAGAACCACACUUUCUCCACCGAUGUGAGCGACGGCGAGGGCGCGGCGCUUGCGGAGGAAGCUGCGGUGCUGAAGAUCAAUGCGAAGGCCACUUCUGAUUGUAAAGGGGCUCGCGUGAAGAAGUCCCCAAGCAAGGUUGGCAGAGCGGCUCGUCAAAAUGUUGGAUCCACUGCAGCGCCAGCCAGCAAGAACAUCACAUUGAGUGAUCUGAAGCAGUACGCAUGUACUCGAGGACUUCGCUCCAUCCCAUACUUCAUACUGUCAGAAAUCGAAGUUAAGAAUAGCAGUGCUGUGCAUCUAUCUCGAAUGCUCGCCACGCAGCGUGCUUCUGAACAACUCCUGGAGUUCCUCCCUCCUGGCAAAGCGUCUACUAUUCCUGGGUCGGCGAGAGGAGACAGGAGUAUCAUCUGGAAGCCCAAUGAUGGGUUCACGGCUUACGCUAAGCGCCUUCUCGAUGUGACCGAGGUGAUCCGUGGAUAUAAAGCUAGGGCUCAGGGUGGUUCGGAGGGCAAUAGAUCCGAUGAUGAAGACUCGACUGACGAGGCCGUGAAGCGUAAAUCGCAAAGUAAAUUAGAGCUCGACCACACCAGACUUACCAAACGUGUGCGCAUCGAAUCUCUUAAGCAAGAGGGCCUUCACGCUAGUGAAAUUGCCACUGUUGCGUUGAAGAUGAUGGUAGUUUCUCGAGCAUUUCUCUUGGAAGAUAGAGACCGUGCGGUUGAAGCAUCUGAGGAUGAGGCAGCUGAUGAAGAGUUACCCAUCGCUGAGGAGUAUGCUGAGAAAGAGCAACAGCCGGAACGCAUGGAGGAGGAAGGACACACAGAAGAAGAGUUGACCGUUGAGCACUCUCCAUCAUCCGUGGAAUUCCACCCACUACCUCAGUACACAAUUUCCACAGCUUUCUCCUCAUCUUUCUCUAAGGGCCGUUUUCACCCAGGUACUGAGCUGUUUGACGAAGAGUUUCCUGCUCUCCAGCCGGUUUAUCGAGGAUCGGCCACACCCAAGGCAGCAACCCCAGAGCCCGAGAACAAGGGAUGCCUCGAGCCAAAUUUCCCGUUUGAUGCUACUCCCAAACGUUCCAGCUUCGGUGCUGGAAAUACAUCCGGCCAUGAGUUUAGCUCUGUCCAAACUGUUCGCCCCACUGGCGGCAAGGGUAACCCCCGUGCUAGUGUUUCUCAGAAAGGACGCAAGUCGAGCUGGCGAUUCGGUCUUCCCUUCAACAUCUGGCGCCGCAUUAUUUCCGACGCGGUCGGUGCGAAUGGUAUCUUGGAUCAGGAGCAACAGGCUCGCAUCCUGCACUAUGCUUCUGAUUGGGAUUCCGUGGCUUACGAACUGACUAUCAAAGGCGCGGAAGAUCACCAGCAGAUCUGGAAAUUCUUGGAUACUGUCCGCUGCUUCACUUACACGCCUCUGAAUUGA